CGUCGCGAGCGCUGCCAUUAGAAAGUCGUCGGCAGUCAAUGUGUGCGGAAUCUCCGCGAGUCGGAUAGAGAAAGAGAAAGAGAACUGUCCGUCGGUUCAGGUGUCGCGAGAAAGUCUGUCGAUCUGAAUUGGUUUUAGAGGGAGAGGAAGAGAAAGGAAGAUAUCCGAAUAUCGGUGAAAGAGAUCUGGCCGAUACGGCGAAUCGAUCGAUCGAGCUCGGUCCUCGAUCGGUGGUGUUGAAUCGUGAGAUUCCAUCCGGUGAGACGGAGCGUGAAAAACGAACGGCCGCGUUCGAUCCGCGUGCGGGAGAAUUCGGCGUGAGUCGACGAGGCGAGUACACGGAACGAACCGUGCGAAGGAGAGGAGCGCCGGAGAAGCGACGCGCUUACGCUCGUACGAAGGAUCGAUCCCCGCCGUACACUUGUAACUGUGCGCGCUGGGACGCAUCAUCGCCGAGACGAGAAUCCACGAGGGACGCUCCGGCGGUUAGCUGAUCGCGCUGGAGGGUCGACGACGUACGCCGAGUGCUGUAGAGUGCUACGCAGCGACGUGGCGACGACGCCAUUUUGUGGUGACUGGUACCGUGCGCUUCUUUCGGCAUCAGCGCCGUCGACGAGCCUACUCAUCGCCGCGCCGUGACCCGUGACACGCGCGUAUCUUCCGAUCGCGUUCGCCAGUGUGUUAAACGACGUGGAGCGCUUUGGCCUCCGGAGCCUGGGUCGCAAGAAGCAGCGAGAAAAAAAUAAGAGAAAGAGAGAGAGAGAGAGGGAAAGAGAGAGACAGAAAGUGUUCGUGUAUCCGAGCAACACGGAGUGCGCGUCAUCGGCGUCGCUCCCGUCCGCGCAACUCAUUUAUCUCACCGCGAGUAAAGAGUUCCAUUUUACUUCAUUACCGUCGACGUCUUCGCCCUGGGUAACCAACGAUGAGACUGGAAAUUGUGUCGGCGGCGGAUUUCCUGGUGCACCUGCUGCGCCUGCAGGCGGGACAGCUGUCGGAGCGGCAACUGGAGAUGUUCAAGUCAUCGUUGACGGAGGUGCUGCGCCACCGUUACCGGGACCACUGGUUUCCGGAUCGGCCGAAUCGCGGCUCCGGCUACCGUUGUAUACGCAUCAACGGUAAGAUGGACCCGGUGAUCGCGCAGGCCGGCGCGAACGUCGGCCUGCUGCCGACGGUGCUGCACAGCCUGUUCCCCAGCGAGCUCACCAUGUGGAUCGACCCGUCGGAGGUGUCGUACAGGAUCGGCGAGAACGGCUCCAUUUGCGUGCUGUACGAGCGCACCGAGCCCGAAAAUCCGGAGGAGGUGUCGCAACAGCACCAGCAGCAUCAACACCAGCACGCUCAUCAGCAUACGCAGCAUCAUCAUACGCAGCAGCAGCAGCACCAGCAAGCGCCCACGACGCUGCCGUCGCAGCAGCAGCAACAGCAGCAGUUUGAGAGCUGCAAGGAUUCCCUGCUUCUGGAGCACACGCAGUUCAGUGAGCAGAUCGCCGCGUUUGUCUCCAGCUGAAUCGCCGGGCUUGUCGUCGCUCGCGUCCACGCUCUCGAAAUAAUCUAAUAUUAAUAAUGAAAAAGGAAAAAAAAAAAGAAAGAAGCGCACGUGCAUCUCGUGAUAUGUGAUAUCCCCCGCGUCUCGGCGUCGGACACCGAGCAGGUUCCGCCGCGCUCGACUUUUUCGUGGACUCCCCAAGGCGUGCGUGCGUCCUCCUUGCGUUUUUCUUUUCCCCCCUUCGGUUCCUUCCUUUUUUUCUUUUCGGCGUGCACUGUGAGUCUCGAGCCACGGUGAUCUCGGCUCGCCUCGACGUCGCUCCGUGUCUCUUUCCUUCUCUCUCUCGUCCACCGCGAAAGCGGAGAGCUCCGGCGCGUCCAUCCGCAAACUCAUCGUCCCUCCUUCGAGCGAGUUCCUGCUAAACGGGGAGAGUCCAUCCUUCGGGAACGCGAGCUCGUCCACGCGCGUCGGUCGACUCGAACGACUCUAGUCCAGUCUCGCGCUUCCCCGAUCCUCCUCUCGCGCGCGAAGGAUAUCCCGAGGAUGAGAAAGAGAGAAACCGCCUUCGGGAAGAGAAACUUCCGACUAGUCCGCGCGCGAUUCGACAGAAACAACGGCGGAAAAUGGAAGAACAACCGUGCAGAAGAGGAAGAGAGAAAGUGACUCGGGCUAGUCGAUUCUCCUCGUUUCCGGAGGCGAAUCCUUUUCGGAUCGUUAUCAGCCACCGCUUUACCGUCGGCGAGUCGUCGUAGGAAAAACGGAGCGAGCUCGAAGCUCUCUCAGCAGCCGACUAAUUGAUCUCAGCACCUCCUCCACCCGCGUAAAACCUCCGAGUAUCUCCCGUGACAAGCAGCAGCCAUGCGAGGGAGGAACAACGAAGACCAGCCAGCCUCAUCGCCCCUGCGUACUACUACGUUCCCGAGGGAGUAAAGAAUCCGUACUCGCACACAUAUUAACACACGAAAAAAUACACAUAUACAUAGGACUCAUACAUUCUUUCUGUCUCUUGCAUCCCCUCGAAUAACCAGCGUCUUUCUUCCACAUACUUCGUCACGUCGGAUUACGAGUUAAGGUUCGUACACGCCGACCGACGGGUGUUUACCGCGCGAGCGAACACUGUCGCCCUUUAUUGAGUCAUAAAUAAUUUUCCAUCGUCAAAUUUCUUGUAUAACCAGCUUCGUCCCGACUUCCAAGUAUUCGCAUCACGCGUCGGUUGGGAUACGAUCUUAAGGUUGAGUAAUGAAAAUCGAACGUUCUCGUCGUCGAGGAUUUUUCUCGAACCUCGCACUAUCAAUGCAGAUUGAUACCACCGAGCCACAUAGGUACACACAAAUACACAAUAAUACACAUUACACAGAGGGACACGCAUCGAUGAUCCCUCGAUCGAAGAACAAUCGCGAUCGAUCUCACAUGGAUUGUUGUAACGGGUGUCACGAUCGUCAGUGUCGAUUCAUCAAAUAUGUCUUUAGUUAAAUGUUUUUCACAAAUAUCUGUAUAAACAGAAAGAUAUUGAGUACACAAUUCGAGACUGUUUUGUGUAAACUCUGCGGAAUUUAUCGACUAAUUUAGAUUUUCUGGAAAAAUCGAGUAUAUAGAUAUAUAUAAAUCUCUUGAAGAAUUGCGACGUUGACGCAACGAAAGUUCAAAUUCAGCGUAGAUCGGAGAGUUUUCGAGAGUGGUUGUCGGAAGUGAGAACCUUCUGGAUUCUGACUAGCUCGACAACGAUUCUCCACGGUAGAAAUCUCAAAAGGAAGUUUUAAUGUACACACACACAUAUACACACUCACUCACACACACAUAUACAUACGAUACACAUAUACACACGUACAAAUUUCACGAAAGCGCGCGAGUUUUUAUGUACAUAUAUAUAUAUAUACAUAUAUAUAUAUAUAAUAUAUAUAAGCGUUAUGUAUGUAGAGCACCGUGUACACGGGCGGGAGCGAGGGCGAAGCGAGAAGUCGCUCUGCACGUGUACACAAUCGUCGAAUUGUACAUUAUCAUUUGCGUGAGAGGAGAUGGAAGAAAGCGAGAAAAAA